AUGGCAGAAGGGACGCGAACACAGGUACAAUACCGGUACAAUACCAGUACAGUAUCAUACUCCGUUCUAGACCAUCGCGGUCCGGCUUUAGUCCGACUUCGUGUCGAACUUGUUCCAUACAGUAGAAAUUUAUUGCAACAAUUACGCCAGUUUAUCUAUCAACAUAAUAAUCAAUCAUGCCUUCAACUGGCCAAAUCAAGCUUACUGUUAUUGGUGUCAUUACCUUCUGCCCGUUUGGCUAUAUUCGAACAACUCAGCGAUAUUUUUCUAAAAUCGGUUGUUGCCAAUAAAGAAGAGAGUAAUAAUGAACUGUAUUCAGCUACACAAGCAAUUCAUGCCACACUAAUGGAAUUAUUACAUCGAAGUCCUGAUGCUUGGACCGGCAUUAUUGACGAAUGGGCCUUAAAUCUUCUGGGUCUUAUUAGCCAGCAAUGUGUUGACAAGAUUGGAAUUCCUGCAUCAAGUUCGGUAGAUGAGCGAUUGCAAUACAUGAUGGACAAUCAAGCUACUCAAUUCCUGAUUGAUAUUGCAAAACAGUGCUUCAACAUAAAACUUAAUCGCAAUGAAGGAGACUGCGUAAACUGCCUACUAGAAACAUCAGUAAAGUAUUCAAAUCAAUUCGAUUGGGUUUUAACACAUUUUGCAUCAUGCUUUUCGUCUGUCCUUUUACCGCAUUUGCUUCUUGGUGGUUUAAAAGAUUUUUAUCAGAAUAGCUACAAAAAGGACGGCAUUUAUGUUAAUGAAGAUUCAAUUACAUCUGGAGUGAUACGAGUGUUGAAUUAUAUUGCUGUACAACAUCCAUCGGAAAUUAGGACAUCUUUACUAAGUUUCUUCUCGACAAGCUUAGGAACAUCAGACAAAUUAGAUGAAAUGUACUUGGCAGCUGUUCCAUUCUUUUUGUACAUACUAUCUGUUUCACCAGUACUAUUAGAAAUCUCUACUAUUGAAUUUGUCCGACUUUGGAAUCAUGACCUCUUGAUGAGACUUUACGAGCAAUCACAAAGGCGAAAUGGUUAUAAUUUAACGACUCUAGUUAUCAGUGUUAUGCAGAAUGUUAAGACCGGUGCUAAGGAGUUGUUACAGUGCUUCGUUAGUAUUGCAAGGGAAAAUGAUGGUAGCGAUAAUGUUGCCAAUUCUGAACAAAACGCAAUCUAUAACUCUUGCGUUCGCAUAAUGAAUUCCUUCUUAAGACAUUUACAACAAUUGGUUCAACAAAAAUCUGGCUCUUCUGAUGAGAAUAUUAGUAGCAGUACCAGUGCCGAGUUAUUGGUGCCAUUUUUAGUAGAACUACAAAAGCAUAAAGAUGUUUUAUGUCGGGAAAUGUUAAAAGAAAGUGGAAUAUGCCAAUUUUGGCUCAUCCGUAUUCUCGUCUUAAUCGGAGUUUAUGAAGGAAUGGAUUCUGCUGCAGAGUUGCUAUCUUAUAUCGUUUUGCACGCACAUACUGUGGAAAUGGCUUGUAGGUUGCUUGGUAACAUUCUACAGUUACUUACAUGGGAAAGCCAUCCAGAGACAAAGUCUUUUAUUAGGAGCCGGCUUGUACAAUCGCUACAAUCUCGCAUACUGAAGUUCGCAAAUUUAUUACAGCAUCCUAAUGACGAGAUGUCAACUAUAGUCUUGAAACUAAUGAUUUACCUUAAGCCUGCUGAAGCUAACAUGGAUGUAAAGACUGUAUCAUUAAUGAGCCAAUCCUUGGUUACAUUUUUCUUUCAGUUAUUGUGUACUUACGAAGAACAUAGAACCGAUCAUCAAAAUUUAUUAAAGUCCAUCAAGGCUGUUAUGAUUGCACUGUGCAAGCAACCGAUGGGACCAGUGUUUGUUCUUCGUCGAUUAGUAGAGGAUGCUUUACUGUCACCGGUAAAUUCGGAAAUGUUGGGAAACGAUAACUCCGAAUUACCUGAUAUAUUACGAAUAACGGGAAGGAGGACAAAAUAUACAAUAUCUUCUACUAUGAGCGAGCCUCAUGUCAGCUUACUUAAAGCUAAUUGGAGUAAUCAAUACGAUUUAAUAAAAACUAGUGGUAGUAAAAGUUUAUUCCAUGACGGCUUAAUUGGUCGCGUUCAUAGCAAUAACAACGGAUUAUAUAAUUCAAAUGGAGUCACUAAUGGUUCUAACAUACAGGAACAAGUCCUAUUAAAGACUUCUUUAUAUGUUAACAUCUUGAGAGAGUGUGCUAAAAGUAACAAUGAAUGGGACAAACGAACUAAGUCUGGUUAUGUAUCUCCAUCUGGCGAACCGAACUCCUGGACUAAUGUAUCUCGUUUGGAAGUUUUAAGUAUAACGGUAGUCGAUCUUUUAUCACCCGAUCUUAUUCCAGUACCGAAGGCUUGCUAUGACGAUGACUUUGUUAAACAUCCAGAUACAAUUGAAAGGGAUAUCCACGUAUUUAAAGUCUUUGAUAAGUGUCCACUCCUAUUUGAUAUAUUAAAGUUUAUUGCCGAAGAUCCUUCCGCAAUUUGUAACUGUGAUACUAUUUUACGAAGUUUAUUAUCUGUAUUACUAAAUUAUUGGUUACGUAAUAAAGAAAGCAAAGUUGCUGAAUCUCCUGCUCAACUGGAGAUGUCUUGCAAAUUGAUUAAAUUAUUAUCGGUAGCUGGAUGGAUUCCAAAUCCUGUGACAAGCAUUCACCAUUUAUUUAGUAAAUGUACUCCUUAUCAAGUUUAUUUAUUACUCAUGACAGCGUGGAAAUAUUUAAAAGAUAACAAGCCAAGAAAACCUGACCAAUUUAUUACUAAUAGACAUAGUUUACCAGAAUGUAAAGAGGAAGAUAAUCGUCUUAUAAGAUCAUUGGUUCAAGAAAAGAUUAGUGAUAUAGGUUCUCAUUACGCAGAAUUUAUCAACGGAUCAAUCUGA